AUGGCUUUUACUAAACGUCUUGCGAUUCAUUUUCGUAGUAUACAAAAUAACCCACCCCUAUUAUGUUAUGCAGAACCCGAAGAUCCCAGUAAAACGAUGGCUCAUUGGAUUGAAGAGUCAAAAGACAUGCCGUAUGCUGAAGGCAAAUUUCAUUUGACGAUUGGCUUUCCUACAGACUUUCCAUUGAUACCACCCACAAUUCAUUUUAUCACACCAGUUUUUCAUCCAAAUAUCAGUGCAAACGGUGAAAUCUGUUUGGAUAUUCUAUUAUUCACAAUGGUCUCCAGCGCUAACUCUACGUGGCCUCCUCAGUCUUUAUGUUCGCUAUUGACAGAUCCGAAUACAGAACAUGAACUUAAUAGAGAUGCACUAAAGCUCUAUCGAACAGAUAAAACAAAAUAUGAUAAUACAGUAAGAGCUUAG